AUGUAAAAUAAAGAAAUCAGUUUUGAAGAUUCUUUGAGACAAUCACAAUUGCCUUAAUAAUAAAAAUAGAGUAAAAAGAAAAAUAACAAAACAGAUAAAUAAGUUAAAUUCACAGGUAAGCUUCUCUUUAAAUCAUAGACGAGGAAAUAAAAAUAAUUGAAAUGCUAACUCCUUAAGUCAAAUAAUAGUAAUAAGCUAUUAGAAUUGCCAAUGGUAAAUUAGAUUUUCUCUUUGAUGGCUCUAGAGAUGUUAACUUAGUAAAACCUUAUCAUGAAGAUGGAGAUGAAAAUAUGUAUUCCAAAGAGAAUAUCACAAAGAGAAGAAAACUUAAAAGUGAUCCUGAUGUAGUUAACAGCAUUGAAACUUUUAUGUCGCAUUAUCAAUUUGAUAAGAAUAAUAAAUUGAUCAAGGAAAAUUAUUUAAAAACCCAUAUUAGAUUGGCAUAUUUAUUGAGAAAGGAUAUAGAAGAAGAUUAGGAGGAGAUUAAAUUUUUGUUAUUGGAGGAUUGGUAUAACUUUAUAAUUAUAAAGGGAGCACGAUUCAAAAGGAAAUGGAUAUAUGAGCAAGACAGAUUUAUUUGAUUCUUUAUUUGAAUUAGCAGAUACAUGGACUCCAGAUGCAGAAAAAUCAGAGUAUGUUGGCUUUUUUGAAUUGUUAGAGUAGAAAUACAGAAGACAAUAAGAUGAAAGUACAUUAAAUAUUUUAUCACUUAGAAUUUGAAUAGUUGUACUAUGAAAUAAUGGAAAGUUGA